AUUAUCAAGCAGAAGCAAGGGCAUCACGUAGUUGGUUGCGUCUUCUUUAAUCUUUCUGAAUUUGUUAAGAAGCAAGGGCAUCACGUAGUUGGUUGCGUCUUCUUUAAUCUUUCUGAAUUUGUUAAGAAGCAAGGGCAUCACGUAGUUGGUUGCGUCUUCUUUAAUCUUUCUAAAUUUGUUAAGCAGAAGCAAGGGCAUCACGUAGCUGGUUGCGUCUUCUUUAAUCUUUCUGAAUUUGUUAAGAUGCAGUCAAGAGAAGAAAUUAAUAACUUCUACUUGCAGAAAAUACUUACAAAUGUCGUUAAAAAGAAACUUGUUGAUCUUUUUAUCAAAGAAUGGAACACUCAUUGCAGAAAGGACCACGGAGAAUGGGAAAAUACAAACGUCAGUGGUCAGAAGUUGUUCAAUAUUGAAAAAACAAAAGAGAAGCCUAAACCUCAUGACAAAUACAUUCUGUCAAAAUUUCAAGAUGGUGACACCAGUAAGUGGGAUUGUACAACACUGUUUGCAGCAAUAUUGUUUUCCAACUCAAUUGGAACAAAACUUGACCCCAAAUCUAAGGCUGCUGUGGAUAAACUUCGUGUUAUCAGAAACAACUUCAUCCAUGAAAAUAAAGGAAAGGCUGAUAUCGAAUUUCACACAAUGGUUCGUAAUAUUAAAAAGUCGUUUCAUAAACUAGGAUUUUCUGACACUGAAAUUAAUGAAGUAAAAUGUGAACGAAACAGAUUUAGUUCUUUUCAAGUACUUCCUUGCAAAUCAAAUCACGAUGUGGUUAAACGUACAGAGUUACUUAAUCAAAUCACAGCAGAUCUCAACAACUUGCGCAGUACUAACAAAAAUGAGCUAACAUAUUACUAUAUUUCUGGUAAUCCUGGCAGUGGUAAAUCUGAAUUAGCUAGACAAAUCUGCGAAGAAAUGUAUAACUCGUUUGACUGGGAAAAUAAAACAACAUUUGUGAUGACACUCGAAGGAAAAGAUAUCGACUCUCUUUUAAAAACUUACGCUGAACUUUGUCAACGAGUAAGCAAUGAUAAAACUUUCAUUGAAAAUACUCUGAAAGAAGCAAAAAGCAGCGAAGAAAAAAUUAAAGAUUUUCAAUUAUUGCUGACACAACAACUGAAAUCUUGGCAAACAUGGUGGAUUGUUGUAGAUAACGUGGUUGAACUUCAUAAAAUUUAUCCAUUAUUACCUCAAGUUGGUGAUCAUAGCUGGAAAAAUGGUCAAAUUAUAGUAACUGUUCAAAAUACAGAUGCUAUACCACCAGAUGGAAAUCUAAAUAAACACAUUUCAGUUAGUCAUGGUAUGAAUGAUGAAGAAUGUCGACAAAUUCUAUCUGUCUUUUCUGAUAUUCAUAAUGAAGAUGAACAUAUUUUAAAAGAUUUAUCAGAAAAAUUCAAUCGUCAACCGUUGUUCCUGGCAAAUGCUGCUUCCUACGUAGGUGAUGUAAAAAGUGCAAAUCCGACAUUCACGUGGGAGGAAUAUUUGUAUAAGUUGAAUGAAGGAAAGCGUCAGAAAAUGGAUGGCAAUUUUCAAAAAAUAAACUCAACUUACUUAGGAAUGAAAACUGUUAUGUUAGCAGUACAAAAAAAUGCUGAAGAAUCCAUCUUGUUGGAACAUGUUUUUAAACUUUUCUCUAUAAUAUCUUUCGAUCCCUUACCACAAGAUGUUAUAAUACAAUUUAUUACAAGCAUUGAUCCACAAAAAUCUGCAGAAGAUGUCUGUCUUCAAUUAAAGCAUUGUUCUUUAUUCCUUCAAUCGGAAAACAACGACAUCGGCCUCCACAGCGUUGUACACGAAGCCGUCGUAAAUUAUUCAUCGCAGACAUUCGGCUGUAAACAAAACGAAAACAAUUCUGAAAAAACUGCAGCUGAUCUUGCCUGUCAAGUUGCUUGGGCACUAAAUCAUUUUGAAGACAGAGAAGAUGAAAUCAAAAUAAUUCCACAUCUUAUUAAAUUCAUAACAAAUUCAUCAUUUCAACAUUUCCUAAAUAAGUUGAUCGAUGUAAAAACAUCAAAACGAAAACUUGAUGAAAGAAAUUGGAAAUUUGCCAAAUAUUUUGUAGAUGUUUUGAAAAGAUUUUGCAACUAUAAAUUUGCAACUAAGGUACUUUAUGAAAUAGCAGAAAUUCAAACUAAAGUGUUAGGUGUUGAUCAUAUUGAUGUUUCAUAUUCGUACAACGAGCUGGGUGGUUUGCUUUGGAAGAAUGGAGAAUAUGAAAAAGCGAAAGAUUUUCUCGAGCGAGCAAUGAGAAUUCAAACAAAAACAUUUGGACCUGACCAUGUUAAUAUUGCGACAACGUACAACAAUCUGGGUUUGGUUUAUGAUCAUAUAGGAGAGCACGAAAAAGCAAAAGAUUUUUAUGAACGAGCGAUGAAAAUUGAAACGAAAACAUUUGGACCUGACCAUGUUGGUACUGCGAAAGCGUACCACAAUCUGGGUUUGCUUUACUAUAAUAAAGGAGAGUACAGAAAAGCAAAAGAUUUUUAUGAACGAGCGAUAGAAAUGAUAACAAAAGCAUUUGGACCUGACCAUUUUGAUAUUGCGAUGACGUACAACAAUCUGGGUGCGGUUUACAGUAAAAUGGGAGAGUACGAAAAAGCAAAAGAUUUUCAUUACGAUAAUAUGGGAGAGUACGAAAAAGCAAAAGAUUUUUAUGAACGAGCGAUGGAAAUUCAAACGAAAACAUUUGGACCUGACCAUGUUAAUAUUGCGACAACGUACGUCAAUCUGGGUUCGGUUUACGAAAAUAUGGGAGAGUACGAAAAAGCAAAAGAUUUUUAUGAACUAGCGAUAGAAAUUCAAACGAAAGCAUUUGGACCUGACCAUGUUCAUAUUGCAAAAAUGUACAACAAUCUGGGUUCGGUUUACGAUAAUAUGGGAGAGUGCGAAAAAGCAAAGGAUUUUUAUAAACGAGCGAUGGAAAUUCAAGCAAAAGCAUUUGGACUUCUAUUUGGACAUUUUUCAGAAACGUACAAGAAGAUAGAAGAGGAUGAAAUGAAUUUGUAGCUCAUUUCCAAUGAAGAAUAAAAUCAAUUUCUCUUUUUAUUUUAGGUAUGUCUUCUUUAUACUAAAGCUGAUUAGAAACAGUUGCAUUGUAGAUUUCUUUUAAAGGUUCAAAUAACAACAGUCGCAUAUUUAUAAAAGAUAUAAAUAUAUUAUUGACAAUAUUCAAACAUUUGUAUUUUAACGUUUUCAACAGUCAUUUAUUCACUGGAACAGUUUUUAUUAAGAAACUUGUAUGGAACUGUCAAAGUAUAUUUAUGAGUUUAGUUUGCAAUAUCUAGCUAUUCAGAAGUUGUGAAGUUCCUUAAAAUGAAUGUUGUUGGGUUAUUUUCUUGUAUAAUAAGAGUAAAUACUGAUCUUACAGCAACCAUGAUCCUGUAACAUCCCUUUUUGAAAUGCUGAAAAGCCCACAAGAUUUGCUUUGCUAUAUAAGUAUGAAUACAGUCUUUUCUAUAUUUAUUUCUAUUCAUUCAUACAAUUUACAAAAUAUAAUAAUUCUAUUGAUGAGAA